AUGCUGCGGGAUGUGGUUCACUUUCAGCCCAAGAUGGCCCACGCCAAGCGACGAGGAGCUGCAGGGGAAGAUCUAGACAUUGCCCAAGCUGCAGAUUUUGUGUCUUGCCGCACAGUCAAGAUGCGGCGGCGCGUCAAUCGCCGAAGUGGGGGCUGGCUGGUGGCCUGCGCUGCUGAUGGCGCUGUUCUGGACGCAGUGGAGUUUCUUGGUGGGGAGUCUUUGACGCAGCGGGCUGCUUUCGUGGCCCGGCUGAAGGAGCGGUACCCGUUCAUCGCCACUGUGGUGCAUGAUGACAGCUGCCACUUACGCAGGUUCAUGGACCACUGGUGCAGAAGCUGCCCGCAGCUCUGCUUCCCUGCAAUGCAUUACGUCAUCAACAAGUUCCACGCCGUCACGCACUGUGAUGCUUGGUGUCGCGCCAACUGUGCGCCAUCAACUCCUGUCAACGAGGCUGCUCGAUUGGUGGCCUUGAGGUUCAAGGUUCUCUCUUCUGUGGCCCAGAUGGCUGGGAGGCUCGAGUGUGCGUGGGACCUUGUGGAGAAGGAGUGUGAUGUAGGUGGCCUCUUUGGUGACAAGGGGAAGAAGUUCUUGGAGGAAGCGGCCGCCAAGCGAAGCCUUCACCCUCUUGCCGUGGGCCUACCAGUUUUUGCCACAUUGGCUCCACUUGCCAAUGGCGCCAAGGUGAGGAUUUGGAGCGAAGCCUCCCCUCUUUGCACUGCAGUUGUUCUCAUCAACCCUCCGCAAUCCCGCAAAUCCCAGACUACGUCCUUGGCGCGCGAAGUUGGUCUGGUCCUUGAUGAGUACGCGCACCGCCGUGUCCGUGAAGAACUGCUGCGCCGCCACGGCGAUGGACAAGAUGGAGCUGACCCCGUGCUGGAUGAGCUCCUCGCCGAGCCUUCGCCCUCGUGCGUGCUGGAAGGAUUCACCCCGGAGGCGGGGCGGGGCAAGGCCGUGUCCGGCGAUCACUCCAUCAAGAAGUGCAAGGCUGGUGGAUUCGGACGGCUAGCCAAUGUCGACGAGGUGUGCCCGUCCUUUUUGUCCUUUGGCCUCAUAGACAGCGCUGACACAAAGGGCAAGACUGGAGUCAACUCGCUGGCAGCUUUGAUGGCGCUCUUCGAUGUGUUUGUUGGGGCCUGCAAGGAUGAGAAGGAAGCCAAGAAGGCCGCGCUUCCAAAGGAAGCCAAGAAGCGCAAGCAAGAGGAAGGACAGCAAGCCAAGGACUAG